AUGUCCCUCGCACAGCCUCCGCCAAUGCCCAGCGUCAGGCAGCGGCGCAUAGCUACCAAAACGAGACCGGAGCUGGUCUUGGGGUCGCUGAUCAACACGGCGGUGUCCUUCGGUCUAUCUUACGCGGGUCUGAAGUUCGGGUUCAAGGUCAACAUGCGAAACCUCACGAGCCGCGGGGGUCUGCUGGGCUUGUUGUUUGCAGUCAACCUGGUCUAUGAUGUGGUCGACAUGCGGCAUGCGCGGCGCAUCAUAGGAGCACGCGAUGCGUGGGAUCUGAGCCAGAGGAAGCGGGAAUUGUGGGAAUGA